AUGUGCACCAAAGAAGACGAUUUGUUGUGGUUGUUGAAAGUCAUAGACGCCGCACUGCCGGCUGGUGGGCCAGCGGAAGCCUCUGUGAGCACGCUGACUCUAGCUCCAGGCAAGGAUCACGCGAAAGCGGUGAACGGAGCAAAGAGUCUUAUGGCUAAGGGAUAUGUAACACUGGAGGAAUGUAAAAAUCGUAGAUAUGUGCUAACAGCGGAGGGAUCACAGUACGCUGCCCAGGGAUCACCAGAAUUCCUACUAGUAGAAACCGUCCGAGCGGCCAAGGAGCCUCUUACACUUGAACAAGCAACUGCUACAAUCCCAAAUGCAGAACAUGGUCUGAAGAAAGCAAUGCGAGCGUCGCUCUUACGCAUCGGCGCUGGGAAGCAACUAUCACUUGGACCGGCCGCCGAGACACAACGCGACGAUAUCACGCAAAAACUGUUGCAACUAGUCGAACGCUGCGGUGAUAGUGAAAAGACAAUGUUAGAAGCUAUGUCAGCCUUGAUUGCAGAUGCUAAAAAACUAAACUCGGAACUUGACGAUCUAAAGAAACGUAAACUAACGGAAUCGCAUGUAGAGGUAUCAUAUCUGGUACGAAAAACUGAUAGAUUCCGAUGUGAGAUUGUACAACAAGUCACGGAUCUCACACAGGAGCUCUUGCAGGAACGCAAAACGUGGUCAGCAGAGGAUAUGAAACCAUACAACUUCUUCUCCAGUGGUAAACGCAUUCCUAGGGGUGCUCUACACCCGUUGACAAGGACCAUGCGUCAUUUCCGAGAGAUUUUUACAUCUAUGGGAUUCGAAGAACUGGAUACAGCGAAUUAUGUCGAGUCAAGUUUCUGGUGUUUCGAUGCUCUUUACAUCCCGCAGCAGCAUCCGGCACGAGACUCUCAGGACACCUUUUUCACUCGCGUACCUGAGCUACACGACGAAACACGACUCAAUAGAGCAUACAUUGAUGCUGUUGCUGAGGCACAUGGAGAUGCUCGACGAUAUGGUAGCACCGGGUGGAUGUACAACUGGAAAAUUGAGGAAUCACGAAAACUAGUGCUGCGCACUCACACAACAGCCUGCACAGCUCGCUUGCUGAAGCGCAUGGCGGAAAACUUUGACUCUUACAAACACAGGCUGCCCUGUAAGUUCUUCUCGAUCGACAGAGUCUUCCGAAACGAAAAUAUGGACGCCACGCACCUUUGCGAAUUUAACCAAGUGGAGGGCGUCAUGGUAGGAUUCGGACUUGGUAUGGGUCAUCUCAUUGGCGUACUUGCAUCAUUCUAUGCCGCGAUUGGCAUAGAAAAACUGCGAUAUAAACCCGCAUACAACCCAUAUACGGAGCCAUCUAUGGAGAUAUAUGGUUACCAUCCCGAACUUAAAAAGUGGGUAGAGAUUGGGAACAGUGGCAUCUUCAGGCCGGAAAUGCUGCUACCAAUGGGUUUGCCUCCUGGGAUAUCGGUGGUCGGCUGGGGUCUCAGUCUCGAACGGCCCACCAUGAUCAGCCAUAACAUACGUAACAUACGCGACCUAGUGGGUUGUAACUACUGA